UGACAAAGUAAAACAAAAAUCAAAGCGGGGGCUUAGUACUAAUUGAUUAGCGAUGAACUUCGCAAGGAGGGUCGUGAAGCGGGGGCUUAGUACUAAGUAAUUGAUUAGCGAUGAACUUAGCAAGGAGGGUGCGCCAAGCAUGCGCACGUGGACACGCUGGUCGUGUUAUUAUAAAUAGUUAGUUAGUUGGAGAUCCUCAGCUAGGUCAUGUUGGUCAGAAGAUAUCUUUAAGAUAGUACUAUAGUUAGUCAGCUAGACGACAUCCAUGUCGCCGCUCUAGUUGGUUACGAUAUUUAUAGUAUAGUUAGUCAGCUAGCAGACUACGCACAUGUCUCCGAGAAGGAUGACCUCUGCUGGCACAGAUGAAGGUCCUGGAGGUACGUAUCAGUCUGAGGCCUCCUCCUCACAGUCCACACAGAAUCAAGAUAGCGCUGUGGCCCUCGUCGCCGGUGUAGUCGACGUUGCACCUGCAGGAGCAGCUGGAAGUGGAAACGCCCUCACCUCGGAGGUGCUGGAGGAGCGGGACGUCUCCUGGGCACUGCUCGGCACACUCUUUUUUGGAGGGUUUAUCCAGCUCGCCGGUGUGGAGUCGCACCUACGACUCGUGAUGUUGUUGAAAUUAAGGCUACAAGAAACGGAAAGAAUCCAUCUUCCCCAGCAUCUUGGUCCCGCUCUCGUCAAAGGGAAGACGCGACCGCGAACCAAGACGAGUGCGAAGAUGGACGUCCUUCAAUUCUAAAAGAUGUGGAGUUGCAAAAUGACAUGUGGCCACAAAUGAUGGCCCUGCCGUAUGCCUUUGCAUCGGUUUUCGGUAUUUUCUUCUACACUGGAGCGAAUAACCUGCGCCGCAAACUACAUGAAGAGCAACAUGUUGAUGCUGGCGCACGAAGACCUUCAUCUAGUACAGCAGCAGCAAGAACUCCAGCAACAGUAGACGGCCCCACAUCUACCACGACCCCGGAGGUGGUUGCGACGAGGAGAGGGGAGCCGACCACAGCAGAGGCAGUGCUCCGGUGCUUGACUUUCCACAAUGUGCUCCUUGGAAGUCUGUCCGUAAUGGCCCUUUGUUAUUUUCCGCUGAUGUCGAUUGCGAUUCACUUUAGGAGUACGGCGUUAGCUGUUCUUUCGCUGGUAACGAUGGGCUUCGCACUGCAGUGGUUUGGUGCUUGCGUCGCUGCGCUCACCGCCACGCAGGUUAGCACGGCCGCGAGUCUUGCCUACAUGUGCGGCAUGGCCUCAGCCGGUUGGCCUAUGACGAUUUGCUUAAGGCUUACCCUAUGAAGCCAUCUUCCGAAGCAUCUUGGGCCUGCCCCAUAAGAGGAAAGAAGCUCCAAGAUGAAUCCCAGGAUGGAUUCGGGUGAGCUCUAAUUUGCCUACUGCUCUUCACCGCAAUACCCUCGUGGAAGGAAACCACAGAAUUCGGACACAUGCUCUUCAUUCUGAAUGCGGCCCUCUGCUUCGUCUACUAUGCCACGUUUUAUCGCCACGUGCUUCGCGACAUUCCAGACCCCCUUCUAUUGCACCACCACACGACCAACAUCGACGAGCAGGACCACUCCGGAACGACAAGCAAACCACCUCAACAUGUUGAUCACGAAAUAAGGGUGAAAAAGCACGCUCAACAGCCUCAGGGCGGGCAGGAAGCCGACGGAAAUGAUAAUCGGCCGCUCCAGUCUCUGCUCUUGGAUAGCUGGAGAUUAAGACUUUCUAUUUAAUGGGAAGCAUCUUCCUGAUUUGAGGAGCCUCCUCCGUGUAAGUAAGUAUUCGAAAACUCAAAAUAAGCGAGCUACUUCUGAGUGAAAUAAGAGAAUCUUGACUACAUUGAUUCCUCUUCUUUCAGUAUCUCCCUUAUUUUCAAUAGUUACAACUCGGCUAUUUCAGUUUUUCGAAUAUUACUAGAGGGAAAAGGGUCCUCCAAGAUUAGAACUUUGUAGAUUAGAACUUUGUUCCAGGAGGUCGUGGAUAAUUCCCGGAAGUAUGUACAGGUAUGUCUGUAGGUCCUCUAAGGAUAAUUCCCGGAAGUACAAGUAGAAGCAGGUCCUCUAAGGAAAGUUGUCUUUUCGCUUUAUCUCCUGUGGGCCAUCACGUUCACGGUUUUCCCUAGUCAGGUCUUCGUGUGGAAGAUCCAGGACGGGUUCGAAGACGCCGCCAGUCUCCCACCUGGAGGAUACUACAAUUAAGGCUUCCCCUAAUUCAUCUCCGUCCUCUAUAGGGUGGAUCCCUCAAAGUCAAACAUAUGCGCCCCGCCCCUUGUAUUACGAGGGAGAUACUGACCACGCAUAUGCUUGAGGGAUUUCCACAGGGAUGAAUAGGGGAGAGUUCUAAGACAACAUUCUGAUGAUCGUUUGGACCCUGGGCGAUGGUGUAGGCCGUUUUCUCCCGGGCUUCACGUGUCCCUGCAAACGAGAUCCGGCGAGGGGGGAAAAGUUGCCCUUCUUUAAGGUGCAUUGAAGUCUAAGUAUUUCAUUUUUUUUACAAGUUCUUUACAAAGACCUGAUUGUGCGGAGGCAAACUUCUUAGAGAUUUUUGGUACUAUUAGAAAAUGAAUUGCAAAAAUUGCUUUUGUUUCAAGAACCUUUAACCUCUUCUUUGAGUCGACGGCAAAUCUGCUGACCGCAGUGGUACUCCGAGGUGCCAUCGGUCUUCCGCUUUUCUACCUCUUCCGCGCGGGUGACGUGGGCGCCGCCACGUUCCCCCUUCACAUCGUUGUCGUGCUAUCCUUCACGGUCACUCACGGGCACUUCACGGCGAACUGCUUUAUUCGGAGCGGGGAAAAAGCACAAACAGACGUGGAGCACGGGAUGAUGGGGCCCGUGAUGAACUGUGCGCUCGUGUUGGGCAUCUUCACGGGCUCCUUAAUCCAGUUCCUUCUCGGGAUAAUGCCUUAGAUAUUCACCACGUUUUGUUGUGAUGAUUAUUUCUUUCGAAUUGAGAUGAACUACACUGUUAAUUUGAGCUGGAGUGUCUCUACUCGGGUCACAACGGAACCAGGCAGCUACUCGUAGUUGCUACGUGGUUCGAAUGAAUGAAUGAACAUGAAGGAAUGAUAUAUGUUCCAUGCACGGGGGGGGCAUCCCUCCCUGGUACAUAUAUUGUUAAACAAUCAAUCUAUCAGGCUUUUUCUUCCCCUGGACAAACUGAUUGAUCUUAAAUCAUUGAACGUUGGUUGGAUCUGUAUAAUUAAUAUGGGUAUGAAUAAUACUGUCGUUACCUCACAUUAACGUCCAACGGAAUCAUUAACACACAGUAAGAAUCACUACUGUUUUUUAUUUGUUGUUAGUUAGUGGUGUGUGUGAGAGUACGUGAUUCGCAAAUGAAUGAAUGAAUGAAAUGUGUGUACUGUACAGAAUGAAAAAGUACUUAUUUCAGUACUAUAAUAUGACUUGUAUGUACGAAAAAUCACACCAACUAAGGACAGUCCUGGAGAACUUCUGAUACAUACUCUAUCUACUGAAUAGGUACAAAAAAUUGAAAAUACAAUCAUCAUAGCAGCUAAACACUGCGGAUGGCGGAUCACAUCCUAAUCCUAACCAUUGUCCUCAUCCUCAUUAUCAGCGACAUAAGAUGACCACCAGAAGCGUGUGGUGAUGACUCAUCAACCUCACAACACUUCGCUUCUUUCAAAUGCAGUAUUGAUUCAUGAUUGGCAUUGUUUGUGGCUCCAAGUCCAAGCAUGGAAGAGGGAACAAGGAAGCACGCGCACUCUGCGACGGCUUGAUGCAUGACGACGUCGUUCUUUGAUAGUCAAGUUCAAGUUGCAAACGCAUCUACUUGAUGGAAGUAGUCCUCUAAAGACAUAUUCUUGCAGCGCAAGAAGCCUGAAAACAAAAUGGCAUAGUGAUAGAAGAUUGAAGAUUGUGAUGGACAAAAUAUGAUGGCAGGUACACCGGACAACACUGGGAUCACCCUUUCGGCGUUCUCGGACU